AUGGCAGGUUCAGACGUUCGCUGCAUGUGGCUUGCUACCAUGUGGUCUCGGUCACUGGUAGGCACCCGUCGUGUUACCGACAGCACGACUGACAAGGAUUCACAUGACUUGAGCCUCACCUCUGAGUUGAUGCGAGAUUUUUAUCAGGCACAGCGAGUCACGGGACUUGAGGACUUGCCCUCCACCGGUUGCUUCAUCGUAGGCGCAGUUGCUUUGCGACCCAGGGAACGGUAUACUCAUCGUGGCAGCUCCAAACUGGGUGAAGCAGUGGCGACCCAAAUCAAGCAUUGGACAGUUCUUGCAGGGCGGCCUUUAGACCAUUUUGCGUUGCUUUUCGAAGCUGUAGACGUGGUUUUGCUUGAAGAGCGUGUCGUUUGGAACACGAUUGCGGGUCGUCGCGGUGGCUGUUUCGUAGCUCCGCUAGAAGGGGGCCAGGAGACGAGACUACGGCGACACAUGCCAGCAGAUUGUCCGGGUGUUUUCGGGUAUCCCUUUUCUCAAGUGCUUCGUUUGCCGGGCCCAUAUGUGACUUUGAUCUUGGCAAGGCAAUGGGGUCAAGUCGUGGUCCCUGAUCUACCAUGCCGUUGGAAUCAUGAUGAGUAUGAGGUUUCGAAGGGCCGAAAGUUUUCUUCUGGUCUGGUGGGGGCUGGGCAUCAGUGGGAACGACUUUGGCCUGCUCUGAAAAAAUUCGGGGUGCGACCAAAACUGCAAGCUGUAGAGACGAAUCGUGCGAAGGAGAACGUGCGAACUGUCGACGUGGUGCAUGGAGACCGGGACGUAUGGGGGCUCGCAGAUUGCAUUGCGGCGCUCGGCCACGGCGAGAACGUGCCUCAGGACCAGUGGCAAGACUUCCUUGCAGGCUUGCGGCUGCAGCAUGCCGAGUGUGUGCUUCAAGCCUCCAACCGUCAUGCCUACGUCGCGCGUGGUGAGCCUGGCAUUGCUUUCCAUGUGGGACAUUUGGUGGAAGUGAUGCUUUGCGCGAUGUUUUUGAAGAACGAAGAUACAUUAGGGCAGGCUUUGCAGACUGCAGCAUGUGUACUUCUUCCUCCAACUUUGGCCGCAGGCUGGAUUAAGAGGUUGCGCGAGGAUCCUAGAAAGUAUUUGCCGUCCAGCGCGAUUCUUUCCCAGCGACGUGCAGCGCUUGACAUGGGGUUCGCGCUUUUUCAGCAGUCCAGAAUACGUGAUGGUUUGGGCCAGGGAGCAUGCUUCUACGCGAUGACUGACUCUUCCCCUCAGGGUGGUCGUGACUAUGAGAUUACAGUUCUGGACAUGCUUUUGACAACUGAUGCACGUGAUGUCAUGUUCCAAGCUCAUGCCUGGAGACAGCUUCCUGCAAUCCAGCGAGACACUGCGCAGAUCAUGCAGAGGAUGCGCUCCAAGUUCGUGCACAUGAUUCCUCCACCCUCGACUCUUGGUGGACGGGCUGCCAAUGCCUCACACAGACUUUCAGCCUUCCUUCAUUCACUUCACCUUGUGUGUGGGAGUUUCCAAACACUCAAGCAGCUGCUGGCAAAUCUGGUGAGCAUCACUACCGAUCUGGGUGUAGAGAGCUUGCUGACGAAGUUGCAGCCUUUUUCCAUUUCCACCAUCUUGCCUUUCUUCGACCACAGCCCCCAGACAGAGCGAGGUUCUGGUUUUCAGGAUGCUGCUUUUCGAGUGGUUGCAGAGGAUGGCUGGGAAGCGCAGUCAGAUGCUGAGGCCUUUGUUCCGGUUGUGGAGGAUAGGUUUGGUGACAUGGGCUCAAUGGGCUCUCCAGACUUUCCCGAAGCCGAUGCAGGGGACUGCGUUUCUUUGCGAGCUAGCUUUGGAGUGGGUGGGUUGUUGCAUGUCAUCCACAAUGCUGCCAAGGGUCUGGGGGCUUGCAUGAAAUUCUACGAUGACAUCGUUGAAGACAUGGGUGUUCUUUCCAAGUUCCUUCGUGAGCGUCACUCCAAAGAAAGGCUGAUAUCCAAGUGUUUUUCGGUUGGCGAUGCAGCAGGGGGGCCAAUCAGAAGCCGAAUUGAGACGUUUGCUGCCCAAUGCUACAAGGAGCGCUGGGGAACUGUUGCAAAAUGCGCCCUGGAGCUGCACAAGGUUCUCCCUGCCUUGCGAUUGGGCUGGAAUAAAGCCACUUAUGUGGAGGGCACUGCCCAUGGCAGGGGUGCCAACCCUGGGGAGUCUGCCCAAACUGUUGAAAGGGUUGAUGGUCUUGUGUCGAAUCUGUGGUUUGAGUCGUACCUCCUCAUGCUGCAAUCCUUUUCCAGGCUCGUGAUGCACCUGAUUGCUUGGGCCGAGAGCUGCCCAUGCCAUUGGCAACUGUUGUCGGGUCCUGAGGUCGAAACGCUUUCGAAGUCAGACAGGCGCCUUUUAGAAGAAUGCCCCAUGCGCACCAGGCGCGCCCCAGAGCUGGCCCUGAAUGAUUUCAUGCAAGAGGUCACGGGGUUCUCGCAAGAAGCAGCGACACAGUUGCUGCAGAAUCUUCCUGUGGAUUUGUCUGGCCAAGACCGUGCGAAGUUGCUGCGUGAUUUCGAGCUUGGGCGAUCGUAUCUCACCAUGGUGUUGACGUUGAAGACCUCGCACUUUCGAAACUUCCCUUGGUCAGCUGCAGGGCUUGCUCAUCACGAGCAAGAUCGAGCGCGUGAGGUUUGGGAUUCUUUGCGCACGGCACUUCAGGCAGGUGGGGAUGUAGCGGAAAUGCUCAAGAUACGAUUGCCUCGGCUGUUGUCGGAUGAAGUGCAGAGGCAAGGGGACCAGUGGUUCAAUGGUGCAGACAUGUCUUCAUGCCCUCAGUUUGCGGAUGUUGUGGCCUCACUUGCAAUGGUGCCUGUCGCGGAGAGAAGGGUGGAGGCCCAGCAUGCCAGAACUCAGAAGGGCUCCAAGAAGAGCCCCCACCAUUCUCCGGCUUACAUGUCACUGCAGUUACGAGCCCGCGAGCUGCAAGAGCAAAUCAAAGGGGACCCGAAGGAAGUUGUUGCUGUGUUGUCGCCUUUGGUGUACCGAUGCCGAUCUUACAAGAAAGCCUGCGAGAGCAUGAAACUUGUCAAGCACCCACACAUUCUCCAUGGCUUGAAGUGCAAGCGUGACAAGGUCCUCCGGGAUGCCCUGUACCGUGCCGACAUUGCCAGCCAGCAUCACCCGUUGCCACAGGUCUUUGUUGCAGAGUUUCGCGGCCGAGGGCCCCGAGCAUUGCCUCCUGCAGAGGCUUUGGACACUUCAAACUUGAGGGGUGUGCUGCAUCAACUCGCUUUGGAACAUGCCAUGAGUUCUGUGCAGCAUUUACGUCAGCAGGAAGGAGCUUCUCCUGUUUUUGCGGUGCGUUACGAGGCACCAGCUUUUUCUUUGCUUCGUGAGUUUCUGUUGCCCGGACGAGCGCAUGUCCAGAGCCCCCAAGCACUGACAGAUGCACAGCCACUGGAAGCCAUCGUGGAAGUCUCCAGCUCCAACCCUCCGUCGGGAGAUGCAGACCUUUUGUUUCAAAAGCUGCGGCUAGCGGAGCGAAGAGGGGGUGAAGUCUCUCUUGUUUUUUUCCAGUUGCUCCCCAACAUGCAUCAGAUGAAAAGGUUUCGCGCCGAAGGCGAGCGACAGUUCCAGGUGUCAGACUUUGCAAUUGCACUCAUGAGGCCCGUGUACGUCAAUGCCCCCCAGCGUGAAUGCCUCUUGGAUUCUGAGCUUCUGAGCAUGCGAUCCAUGCCCGGGGGGUUGCGUGUGGACGAUGUUCCGUGUGUGAUGUCGUUCAGCAACAUGACCCUGGAGCAGCUGAAGUCUCUGGUUGUUUUAGAUGCGACUUCUGAGGGAGUGUAUUGCUUGCGUACUCGUCCUGCCUUGCCAAAUGUCCCAGAGCAGGAGAAAGUCUUGCGUUCCUUGCUGAAACAGAUUGCUCAGUGUGGGCACGCUGGCCUGGCCGACGUGUCUGCUCUUUCGGCCGACGAGAAAAAACUGUUGACAGGUCUCCGUGAGCAUGGCCUUGUGACGCAGGAUCACCCUUUGAAGUUUACCGAUGCUGGCAACCAGCAGCUUGUGCUGGCCACUCAGGUGUCAGAGCCCAGGAAUCUGCUUGCAGACAUGGAAGUUGAUGCAGCCGAUCAGUCCAGGUGGCAGCUGCUGCAGCGUUUGAUCAACAAUUCUUGGGAGGUUCGAGUGUGCAAGGCAUCCGCGUGCCGUGCAGCUGAUCCUUACAAAGUAGCUGAGGGCGACAAGGUGCUUUUCUUGCCACAGACAUCAAGUGGAGUAGCUUGCAGCAAGAUGUACUUGCUGGCUUUGACCUUGGCAGCAGAACAUAAGCUGCCGGUGCCCCAUGCACGCCCAAAUGCAGUGUACGCUGGCCUCCUUAGUGGGCUAGCCUAUCUGCCAGAGAAUGUUCGACGGCAGCCUCAGACGCGUGUGUUUCGGGCUGUGUGUGAUGGGGAAGACUGGCAUGAAGCUAGGCCUGCUUCGAAGCGUAAGCGCACACCAACAGCGAAGCGUGCCCCUGCCAUUGCUGCUGGUGCUGCUCCAGCGGCACAGCCAGUUGAGGACAUGCCAGCUGACCAGGAGCCCAUGGUGGACGAUGCAGUCACAGAUGAUGGGCCUCCUGCGGGUGUUGGCGGAGUUUUGCUGGAUUCAACAUUUUUCUGGCGGGACUGCAAGUUCACUGAAAAGUUCUCGCUAACGGCAGAUGGUGUGAGGAAUGUGGUUGGUCUUGAAGUGACGUGCAAGCACCCUGAACAUGUGAAGUGCCGGCGAACACUAGCAUUUGCACGGAACGGCGGCAGAGACAAGGUGAUCACUCUUUUGAAGUGGUGGUGCACCCAAGCUCGCCACUAUGACACAAAGGACACUCAUGUGAGAGAGUGCCCCAAGUCUUUUGGUGACCCAGCUCCCACUGAAGAGGAGCUUGAUCAAGUGCCAUUUGGAUUCUGA